AAAAUCCGCUUCCUUCCCGCUCCUUCUCCCCGCUCCUCUUCCCCGUUGACGCUCCUCUGCCAUGUUGCUCCGAUGCUAGCUCCGUCGACUAUGGCCUUCGCUUCACUUCACCUAUAUGCACUCGAAGUUAUGUGAUCGAAGAAGUUUUCGGAAUGGAACUCUCUGUCAUGCUGUAAGCUUAGUUGCGGUUUAACUCCGUCCGUUCUGGCGCAUGCGUGUGGAUUAAUUGUGCGGUUGUUGAAGUUAUAGCCAUGCAUUUGUUCGUCCACACACAAAAGAUCUGUUGAAUAUGAUGAAAGAACUUAAGUUUGCCGUCAGAAUCACACGCUCCCAGUCUAAUUCCUUGAGUAGACUGGAAGCUACUUCACCCUCGUUACAAGUUUCACUCAAAAAACUGCGCAAACGCGGUCAUGCCGAAAACUCUGAACGAGCACAACUGGAUGGAAGCAAUGCUCCUACAACUAUCACUAUUGGCCUUCGGCGCAAAAGAAGAGCAGUGCUCAAGGAUGUUACUAACAUGUCCUGUGAGAGCAAUAAUCUGGGUUGCUUGCAUGCUUCAAAAAUUCAGGUACAUGAGGUCAUACAGAUCGAAUCACUUGAAGAUUUACCCAUUAAAAGGACGGCUGAAUCACAAGUUACCUUUCCAAUGAUGAGGCCAGACAAAAAAGAGACAGCACAGAAGAACAAGUUUCAGACUGUCAUAGGAUGCACAAAUGCUGCGUUUCCCAAGUCUUCGGGAUUAAAAGACCACCAAAUGAAAGAUGAGGCUCGAGUUUGUGAUAAACUAAACCAUCUCGGUACAUCGGAUGUUGUUUCAAUCUCAGAAGAUCCUCAAGCAUGCACACUAUAUGCCCAUAACAUAUAUGAUAUCAAUCGUGUAAUAGAGCUUGAUCAAAGGCCUUCUACUAAUUAUAUGGAAAAGUUACAGAAAUAUAUCACUCCAAUCAUGCGAGGGAUUCUAAUUGAUUGGUUAGUUGAGGUUUCUGAAGAAUAUAAACUCGUCUCUGACACACUUUACCUCACCGUGAAUCUCAUCGAUCGAUUUCUCUCUCAAAGUUGCAUCGAAAGGCAUAGAUUACAACUCCUUGGUGUCAGUUGCAUGUUAAUCGCCUCUAAAUAUGAAGAAGUAUGUGCACCAUUUGUGGAAGAGUUUUGCUGCAUCACGGACAACACCUAUACGAGAGGAGAGGUACUAAAAAUGGAGGGUGAAGUACUGAACUUGCUCAACUUUCAGCUCUCUGUUCCCACUACAAAAACAUUUCUCAGGAGAUUUGUGCAGGUAGCACCGGCUUCUUGCAAGGAACCUCACAACGAGUUCGAGCAUUUGACGAAUUAUCUAGCAGAAUUGACUCUUGGCGAGUACAGCUUUCUGAAGUUUCUGCCAUCAGCAGUGGCUGCAUCUGUGGUGUUCUUAGCCAAAUGGAUUCUGAAUCAACCAAAUCACCCAUGGAAUCCAAGUCUAGAACAGUAUACAAAUUACAGUGUCUCCCAGCUAAAAGCUCCAGUACUUGCCUUAGAACAUCUAAGAUUGAACUCCUCAACUUGCCCUUUCAACGCCAUCUUUCACAAGUACAGACAACACAAGUUUGGAAGCGUGGCGACUUUAACCCCCACAAUACCAGUUCUCUCAGCUUUCCAAAACCAGACAGAUUCCUAAAUCCAGGGGUAUUUCAGACCUUUCCCAAACUAGACACACCUUCAAACCAACCGUGAUGAAAAAAAAAAA